AUGUCUAUGUCCAUUGAGGAGCUCGACGCCACAGUGCGCGCCUUCUACGAGGGCCGCGGCGACACACAAAAACAAGCUCAGGCGACGCUGAACCAGUUCAAAGAGAACCCAGAUGCUUGGCUCCUGGUCGAUAAGAUCCUCUCGGAUGCGCAGUAUCCACAGACCAAGUACCUCGGCCUGCAGGUGCUCGACAAUGUGAUUAUGACAAGAUGGAAGGUUCUUCCUCGCGACCAGUGUCAAGGUAUCCGUAACUUCAUUGUCAACUUCAUCAUCCAGCUGUCAAACGAUGACGAUCGCCGCCGCUCCGAACGCACCCUGCUCAACAAGCUGAACCUCGUCCUCGUCUCCGUUCUGAAGCAAGAGUGGCCCCACAACUGGCCGACGUUCAUAAACGAGAUCAUCUCAUCAUGUCACAGCGGGUUGGGAAUUUGCGAGAACAACAUGGUUAUUCUGCGACUGCUUUCAGAAGAGGUCUUCGACUACUCGGAGGAGCAGAUGACAUCGACAAAGCGCAGGGAGCUCAAGCAGAGCAUGUGCGACGAGUUCACCUCCAUCUACCAGCUUUGUUCUGAAGUUCUGCGCACAGCAACCGAGGCUUCCCUUAUCAAGGCGACUCUUGAGACAUUGCUGCGCUUCCUCAACUGGAUUCCUCUGGGCUACAUCUUCGAGACACCGCCCAGCGGUCAGAGCCUUAUCGAGACUCUGCGCAGCCGAUUCCUCGAAGUCCCUGAGUUCCGUAACAUCACAUUGAAGUGCUUGACUGAGAUCGCAGGUCUCCACACCGAACCCGCUUACGAUGACAAGCUCGUCCAGAUGUUCACGGAAACAUUGACCGCGAUCUCAAAGAUCAUCCCUCUGUCUCUGGACCUCAAGCAGACCUACGCAUCGAGCAACAGCAGGGACCAGGAGUUCGUACUGAACCUUGCGCUGUUCCUGACUAACUUCUUCACAUCGCAUUUGGCCGUGAUCGAGAAUCUCAUGAACAAGGAUUUCCUCACACACGGCCACUUCUAUCUCAUCCGCAUCAGCCAGAUCGACGACCGUGAAAUCUUCAAGAUCUGUCUGGAGUACUGGACGAAACUUGUUUCUGAGCUCUAUGACGAGAUGCAGGCGCUCCCGAUCACCGACAUGAACCCUCUCCUGAACAUGGGUAUCACCACCAGCGGCAACCGCGACCCUUCGAUGAUGGCGAACUAUCCUCUGCGUAAGAACAAGUACACCGAGAUUUUGUCGAACCUGCGAACUGUCAUGAUCGAGAAGAUGGUCAGGCCAGAAGAAGUGCUCAUUGUUGAGAACGACGAGGGUGAAAUUGUCCGCGAGUUCGUCAAGGAAAGCGACACCAUCCAGCUCUACAAGUCGACUCGCGAGUGCUUGGUCUUCUUGACACAUUUGGAUGUUAACGACACCGAACAAAUCAUGUCCGAGAAGCUGGCACGCCAGGUCGAUGGCUCAGAGUGGUCAUGGGCAAACUGCAACACCCUCUGCUGGGCUAUUGGUUCCAUUUCUGGCGCCAUGAACGAGGAGACUGAGAAGCGGUUCUUGGUCACGGUCAUUAAGGAUCUCCUUGGCCUCACGGAGAUGAAGCGAGGCAAGGACAACAAGGCCGUCGUCGCGAGUAACAUCAUGUACAUUGUUGGCCAGUACCCGCGAUUCCUCAAGGCUCACUGGAAGUUCUUGAAGACCGUCGUCAACAAGCUUUUCGAGUUCAUGCACGAGACACACGAAGGUGUUCAGGACAUGGCUUGCGACACAUUUAUCAAGAUCGCCAACAAGUGCCGGCGACACUUCGUCGCGCUGCAGCCUGGCGAAAACGAGCCGUUCAUCGACGAAAUUGUGCGGAACUUACGAAAGAUUACCGCAGACCUCUCACCCCAGCAAGUGCACACCUUCUACGAGGCUUGCGGUUACAUGAUCAGCGCACAAGGGCAGAAGGGCAUGCAGGAGCGCCUGAUCCACGACCUGAUGGCUCUCCCCAACUCAGCCUGGGACAACAUCAUUGCUCAAGCCAACCAAAACCCCGCCUGCUUACAAGACUCAGAAGUCAUCAAGAUCGUCGGCAACAUUAUGAAGACCAACGUCGCAGCCUGCGGCUCAAUCGGAUCCUACUUCUACCCUCAGAUCGGGCGGAUAUACUUCGACAUGCUGACAAUGUACCGCGCCAGCUCUCAGCUCAUCGACGAGGCUGUGCAACGCGAAGGCAACAUCGCGACUAAGAUGCCCAAGGUUCGCGGUCUGCGUACGAUCAAGAAGGAGAUCCUCAAGCUCAUCAACACCUACGUUGAGAAGGCUGACGACCUUGAGAUGAUCCACAACAACAUCGUGCCCAAGCUGCUUGAGGCCGUCCUGAUCGACUACAAGAACAACGUACCUGACGCUCGUGAAGCCGAGGUACUGAACGUUAUGACUACGAUCAUCAACAAGCUACAUAGCAUGAUGGAGGAUCAGAUCAUCAACAUAAUGGACAGCGUCUUCGAAUGCACGCUGGACAUGAUCAACAAGGACUUCUCCGAGUACCCAGAACACCGCGUCGAGUUCUUCAAGCUUCUCCGGACCAUCAACCUGCGUUGCUUCCCUGCUCUUCUCCGACUGGAUGCUCGCUCGUUCAAGUUCGUCAUCGACUCUUGCAUGUGGGCUAGUAAGCACGACAACCGCGAAGUCGAGAGCGCCGGUCUUUCCAUGUGCUUCGAGCUGGUUUCCAACAUGUCUGAGACCGACGAGCAGACCUGCAACGCGUUCUUCCAGACAUUCUUUACCACCAUCCUGCAGGAUGUGUUCUUCGUUGUCACCGACAGCGACCACAAGGCCGGCUUCAAGUCGCAAGCUAUGCUGUUGGCCAAGAUGUUCUGGCUCGUCGACUCGGACAAGCUGCGAGGUCCCAUUUACACUUCGCCAGACAUGGCUCCGGCCGGUACACCAAACCGCGAAUUUCUGCGAAACUUCGUUGGCAAUUUGUUGGCGACCGCAUUCCCCAACCUUCAGACCGCCCAGAUCGCAUCAUUCAUCGACGGACUAUUCGCCACUAACUCCGACCUCAACCGCUUCAAGGUCAUUCUCCGUGACUUCCUCAUCUCUCUGAAGGAGUUCUCUGGCGACAAUGCUGAGCUCUUUGCCGAAGAGCGCGAGCAAGCAGCUAAGCAGGCGAAGGAUGAGGAGCGCGAGCGCGCCAUGAAGGUUGGUGGUCUGCUCAAGCCCUCUGAGAUGGAUGACGACGAGUUGUGA